AUGGCCUGCGCUUCCAGUAGCUUCCGCCUCAGAGACCACGCUCUGUCCUUGCUUCUGCUGGCGUUUCUCUUCCUCAGCUUGGCACGGCACGCCACGGGAGCCGCGGCCAGCCCCAGCAGCAGGAGGCUCAUGGAGCUGUACAAGCCGCCGCCCAGCGACCUCCUAAGGUACCACGACGGCGCCGUGCUGAGCGGUGACAUCCCCGUCUCCGUGCUCUGGUACGGCCGCUUCACGCCCGCGCAGAAGGCCAUCGUCACCGACUUCCUCCUCUCCCUCUCCGCCCCGCCGCGGGGAGCGCCGCCGUCCCCCGCGCCUUCCGUCUCCCAGUGGUGGGGCACCAUCGACCGGCUCUACCUAUCGAAGGCAGCGGACGCGGCGGCCGUCGGCAAGAGCGGUGCGUACGGCGGCAAGACCAAGAAGAGCACUCGGGUGGUCCUGGCCGGCCAGGUCUCCGACGAAGGGUGCUCGCUGGGGAAGAGCCUGAAGCUCGCCCAGCUCCCGGCGCUGGCAGCCGCGGCACGCGCCGUGACCGCGAAGGGCGGCGGGCUCGCGCUGGUGCUCACGGCGCAGGACGUGGCGGUGGAGGGCUUCUGCAUGAGCCGGUGCGGCCACCACGGGUCGUACUCGUACGACGCGUGGGCGUGGGUCGGGAACCCGGCCACGCAGUGCCCCGGCCAGUGCGCGUGGCCGUUCCACCAGCCGCCGCCGCCGGCCCGCAGGCGCCGCCGCCGUUGGUGCCGCCGAACGGGGACGUGGGCAUGGACGGCGCGCUGA